CGUUUUGGAUCCGCUUGUGCGCGUGGUGUGUCUGUGUCGGUUCGGUUCGAUUAGAUUCUUUAUCGCGCCUCUGCGCACGCACACUCUUCCUCUUUAGCUUACUUUGCUGUUGUUGAUUCUCAGUCUCUCUCUGUCAGAGUCUCUGAUCAUUUCUUUCUCUACUCGUGGGCUUAGCUGUUGAUUUUUCACUUGAUCUCUUGCUUGUAGCCGCAAAUUUGUUUGAUCUCCGACCAUCUCUGGCUCUUCGUUAUAAUCAUUCACUUCUGCUCUUAUUAUAUCUCAAUCAUCAUUCCUGUUCACUAUCCACUUCAGUUUACUUACUUUUAUCAUCAGCCUUCCUUUAGAUCUCAAGUGUAGUUGCUUGAAAUGAUGGAUCCACUUGAAAAGGGAUCGGAGAAUGAGGAUACGAGUAGCAGAUCAAGCGAAGGAGAAAAUCAGCAAAAGAAGACCUGCGCCGAUUGCGGAACUUCCAAGACGCCACUCUGGAGAGGCGGUCCAGCUGGCCCUAAGUCACUGUGCAACGCAUGUGGAAUUAGAAGUAGGAAGAAGAGAAGGGACAACUUGGCUUUGAACAGAGCAGGAAAUGAGAAGAAAGCAAAGAAAGGGAACAAUCAUCAUAGUUCAAGCAAUAAUAGUAAUAAAUUAGGAGAUGGAUUAAAGCAGAGGUUGUUGGCUUUGGGUAGGGAGGUAUUGAUGCAAAGAUCGACGGUGGAGAAGCAAAGGAGGAAGCUAGGAGAGGAAGAGCAAGCUGCUGUGCUGUUAAUGGCUCUAUCUUAUGGCUCGGUGUAUGCUUAGGAUUUGAAGAGGGGUAAUAAUGGAAUGAAGAAUUGUUAUAUUAGCUGACCCAAUUAAGUUGAAAUGUAUGUUAGUAUUUUUUUUCCCUUUCUAGGUGUUAUUUUUACAAGCUUUUGGGCUAACUGUAAUUUGGGAUUUUGGAAGGAAUUCAAGAAAUGCAACAACUGGAUAUUGUUUGUUUA